AUGGCCAAGGAGAAGGGUGUCAAAUUGGACAAGCGGAGAAAGCUCUGGAACGUGGAUGGUCUGAAAACAUUUUCAUUCGGGCCCAAGGCCGGUGCAACCCCAGCUUCUGCCUUGGAGCAUGCAGUAGCAAGCGCAGAGCUCCUGGAGAAAUGUCGUUUGGAAGUUUCCACGUGGACUGGGAAAAGCUGCACCGCAUAUAUGAUACAGCAAGAUUUGUCCAAAUUGUCCCGGAACGCGCUGGCUGACCGCAGAGAGAGCAUCGCGGUGCACAUGUGGCGGUCUGACCCUCACGCCAAGAAAGACGACAAGCGCUGGAAGGAUAUGAUCAAGUCCUUGUUCCAGAGAAAGGACGCACAGACCGUGGACACUGAAGGUGCUAAAGCCAUUGAGGCACUUUGGGACAACGCCAAGGGCAAGAAGCAAGCAAAUGAAGCAACAUCUCCACAAGCUGCCCAGGAAGGAGCUGCAACUCAAGAUGAGUCCAAGACCAAGAAGAAAAAGCCGUCAAAUGAUCAGGCACAUGGUGAAGAAUUGGUGACGGAAGAGCAGGUGUCCAUGGCCAAGGAGAAGGGUAUCAAAUUGGACAAGCGGAGAAAGCUCUGGAACGUGGAUGGUCUGAAAACAUUUUCAUUCGGGGCCAAGACCGGUGCAACCCCAGCUUCUGCUUUAGAAGAUGCUGUAGCAAGUGCAAAGUCCCUGGAGAACUGUCGCCUAGAAGUUUCCACGUGGACUGGGAAAGAGUGUACGGUGUACAUGACAGAAGCCGGUUUGCCCAAAUUGUCCCGGAGCAUAAUGGCUGACCGCAAAGAAAGCAUUGCGGUGCACAAGUGGGAGUCUAUGCUGUCAGGAAAUGCACCUCCCAAGCAGGCACCUGGUAUUUCUAAGCAGCCCGAAACUGUGCAAGCGGGCUCUAAGCAGUGUGCGCCAGAUGGAUCUCAGAGCAAAAUCUCCAAGUUGCUUGAUCUGCCUGCAGCAGGAAAGCAGACAGAGAAAAACUUGUUGAUGAAGGAUGUGACCACUUCCAUGUUCAAGGACGACGGCCCAACAACUGAUGCCUUGGCAGUGACCUCCAGCAGCACACAGGAAAUUCCUCCCAGUGCAAAGGUUCUUGUUCCACGCAUUGCAGUUGUCAAAUUCGUGGAGGCUGCCAACGUGAUGAUUGAAACGGGUUCUAUCCUUCAUGGAGAUGCUUUGGGCACAUAUCUGUCAAAAAGCAAGCACAAGGGACGCUGGAUGGUACAAAGCCUUUUUGUGCCUGAUCUUGCUGUGGAUGAGGCCAAAAACUCCAUGGAACAUUCUGAAUGGUUUAUCUUCGGACGGGCAUUGAACCAGGACGAUUAUGAGUUUCUCCUCUCUUGCAGCAAAGCCUGUGAAGAGGCCUUCAUUGGCGUGGUCACGCGUGACUUGGAGGUUCAGGCUUUCCAGCUAGCCCACGAAGAAGAAGCCCUUGGAAUCAAACCAGUCCAUGGCAUACUCGCCCUCGUGCAAAAAGGCCCUUAUGCCACAUUGCAAAAAGGGCUUUGGUUUGUUCGAGACCGUAUCCUUCAGUUGUCGUUUGACCGGGGGAUUGAGGAAGCUUUGAAAGCUUCUGCUGUAUCAGCUGCGCAGAAGGUGAGAUUAGAUUUGGACAAUCAGACUAAGCUUGCCGUUGAGGAGCUGCCUCCAAUCAAGCGACCAGAUCAUGUUCAGGUGUGCAUUGAUAUCCUAGAGAAGCGAGCUUCUUUGGAGAGUGGGCCACUCAGUGAGGAAGACACCUUUUCAUUCAAGAAAUGCUCCAGGGCAGAUCCUGUCAUCAGGGGUGUGUUGGCCAGCCUCCCACUGGAUUACGCACAGGUCACUCAAGAGACAUGGGGCAGGUGUGCUGAUAGUUUGCGGGGCUUCAGAUCAAGCACAGUAUUAAGCCAGGUGCGGUUGCGGACAGAGGAAGCCUUGCCAACUCUUUACUUGGGCGAGGCAGGUCAGCAGUUCAUCAAGUGGCUCUCUGAUUUGGGCAAGGACUAUGAUGACUUGGACGUCUUCCUUGACCGCUUGCGGUUCCAAGAUCUUGAAGCAGAUCGCCCGGGAGAAGUCAUUGCUUUCGCUGCAAAGCUGCUUGGGAAGCUCAGCCAAGUAACAGCGGAUGUUGGUCGCUUGCAGAUGCUCCAGGACAAAGCGGGUGUGAAGGAUCCCCGCCAGCGCCAACCAUGGCUGAUGGAGCGUUCCAGCAUGAGGAUGACAUCUGCCAUCGAGAAGCUGGCAACAAUAGCGGAAGUACCCGAUGGAAAAGAGGUGGCCGUGGCUACAGUGCCAACUCCUCAAAGGAAGCGGAAGAAGUUGAAACUUGACCCAGUGGAAGAUGAGGUUGGGGAUGCGGUGGUCCCAUUUGAACUAGACCAACCACAAGAUCGUAACGUGAACAAGCGGCAGCCUCGCGACUCUCCUCUACUUUCAGAUCUCAUAGAGGUUGUGGAGUAUGCUAUGAGCUUGGAGACUGGUGCGGCCAGUCAAAAGAUGUGCCGUGCCAAGUUCCCCAAGAUCCUACACUCGAAUGUCCUCAGCAAAUGGAAGGCCAAGUACUUGAAAUACAAAUUGUGGCUCAUGCCCAAGGAGCUUGCGCAGACCAUGAGACAAGUGCCAAAUUUUUGGAUCGAGGAGCACAAACUGGACGCGCCGCUCAGAGCCCGUGACACCAUCGCAGGGGUCCCCAGGCCGAUCGCCGAUAUGGUGAACAAGGCGGUGUCAGAGGCAACCAUGGGGCUGACAGAUGCAACAAAGAGAGCAGACGCCUGCCAAGAUUAUACAAUGGUGAACAGGAGUUUGAGGAAAGCCAUGGACAAGUACAAUGAGAACUCUGAGGCUUUGGUUGCACAGAUCCGGGAAAGAAACCAGGAAGCUUGGGCCGAUUUCAAGAGGUGUGUCCAAGUGGGGCCUGACGAAGAAAAGCCCUCCAUGAGGAAGAUAGCACAAGAGGAAGCCAUUACACCAAGCAUUUUGCGUGGGAAGCGUGCUUUGCUGAAGGCAUCUGGGACCAAAGCCCCAUGCAAGAAGAAGAAGCUGGACCGAGCAGGUGGAGAGGGCGAGGACUUCCGCCUAGACCCGGUUUCCAAUGCACGCAAAUGCUUCACCUUUUGUGGAAGUCUCUGGUCAGACGGAUCACCAGGCCCACUGGCAGUAUCUUUCCCAGCAAAUGGCAUCCCUGGAGCUUUGCGGAAAGAGAUCAACAAGAAGCACAUUGGCAGAGUGCAUGUAAUGGAGACCAUGGGGCCCUCGCAUUUCUUCAAUGGCGAGUCCAUAUUAGAAAUGUACGAGGAAGUGGUUGGCCAUGCGUUCAGACUAAAAAGACAAGAACUUGGCCUUGCUGCCACAGCACCUGGUCUCCUGCUGUGUGACGGGUUUACCGGAGCCCAUGCGGCCAAUAACGGCCUUCAGCAGCGACGACUGCGAUGGAGCGAGGCUGCUAAUGUCCACUUGCCACCCCCCCAACCGGGGGGGUGGUCGGCAAAAGGACAACCUGCUGAUCAACUGUUCGGGUUGUAUAAGCAAAGAGUCAAACGCAUCAUGGAUGUGAAAAUGGGAUAUGGUGACGACUUCUUUAGCAGGGAUAAGUUCGAGACCCUCCCCCUUGGCACCACAGGCCAGUGA